UUAUUAAUAACAUUUUGGUAUUUAAGUGGAGAAGGAAAAAGAAAGGAGCGGAUUAUUCACGGGACUCCUAUCAUUUCAAAAAUAAAAGAAAUCCAUCCGAACUUUCCCGCCAAUUCCCCGUUCAAGAUUUGUCGCUCCCAGAACAACAGAAGGCAGAGAUGGAGAGAGAGAUGGAUGUGAAGCAAGCAGGCUCGUCGCUGGAUUCUCUGAUUUCUUCGUUCAACUCUCGUAUAGCGGAGCUUCAAGAGCUCGUGAUUGGUCGGAACAUGUACCCUGCGAGCAGUAUCGCCGAUUUGUCGGCGGUGGACGCCGCAUUGAAGGCCAUGGAGCUUCAGGUGCAAGCCAUCAAGGACCGCCUGCGAGAGGAGACCAGAGCCAUUCCCAAAGCCAAGAAACUCAUAGACGCAUCUCUACGGCAGCAGAAAAUAUUGCAGAGCAUGUCACUUCAUGUUCCCUCUCAUUUAGCUGAAAGAGCGACAAUCUUGAAUGCGGAGCCUAACAGUUUAUUUCCAGAAACCUCUAACAAGGACCCUAAUUGUGGCUCUUUGAAGCAAGAGGUAGAGCCUGCAGUAUUACCCAAGGAGAAGAAGAGCCGUGCCUCUCCACCUUUGUGGUAUGUUACUGCUGAUGAGCUUGAUUCUCUGUCAUCUUACAUGAGAGGAAGGCUGACACUAGAUAAGGUCAAUGCUGCUAUUGGUGACAUGGCAACAUAUGCUGAAGCAAAUGCUCAGCUCAUUUCAGCCCCAAGAAAGAAGUUGACAGAAAACAUCUUGGAAAAAGCACUGGAACUAAGAGAUAUUGCAACAACGGAAGCGGUAAAAGGCAAACACUUUUUUCUUGAAACUGACAUUAAGGGACCAACUUUGAAGCUUGACAACACUGGAAAGGCGAUAUUGACUGUCCUUCGUCACCUUGGUCGCAUAAGUGAGACUCGGAUUGGGCAUUGUCGCGUGAUAAUCCUUGUAAAACCUCAAUGAGUGUACUCACAUAGGCUAGCCAAAGACAUGGUGAGGAAGCCUUAUAAAGCUACCAGCCAAUAUUUCCAUUGUGUGUUUAAAGUCUGGUGGAACUACCGAGCAUCUUUUCCUCUAUUGUAGUGUGGCUAAGAAGCUCUGGACAAUUUUUUUUUCUCUAUUUUUUACAAGGAAUUUUCACAAGUAUGAAGCUGUUUUUAUGGUGUGUUCUGAGUUUUGGGAGGAAUAAGAAAGGAAUGGCGUUAUGGAAAUGGGCAGUAUUUGCUCUUUUUUUGGACUUAGUUCCAUCGUAGGGUCAGUAAGGAGCUCUGGAACAAACUUCAUUUUUAUAUUUGAUGAGAUGAGGGUUUUAGAAUUUUUGAUAUUGAGGUUUUGGGUUUCUUGGAUUAGUAAGAAAGGGAUGGUAUUUGGUCUUGGUUUGGACUCUGUGACUCGAGAGGAAUGCCACUAUGCUAGCAUCUUCAAUGGAAAAUCAACACCUUCACAUUUAUUGUGGGAUAGGUAGUUUCCCUUGCCACUUUCUGGGCACAUAAUUUUAAAGAGGGAAUUUUGUUGAGGGGACUUUAUAGUAAUUGCUUGUCUGGUUGUUUUUAGGAGGAUGUCUCAUUCUGGAUGUCGUUAUCUUUCUUUUUUGAGAAUGAAAUUCUUUUCUAUGUAAAAAAAGACACAUUUUGCACACAUCGUAUUAGUGUUUGGCAUCUCCAGUCUCGCACAAGAGGCCAAGGCCUGCGAUCGACUGUCCUAGUGAAAAGAAGUGGGGAAUGGGAUUAAGGGAUACCUCAGUAGGGGGACAACAAAAAACAAGGUAGGAAAGCGACAAAGGUUUGGUGAUGAAGGUUGUUAAUUUUAAUAUUCGUUUCACCUUUCUUGUCAUUUUUAGUUGUUGCAACCAAUAUGUAAUCUAAUCUAGUCGAAUGUUUUUUAUCUGAAAAAGCAAUCCAUUAAUAUUUUUACC